GACCCGCUCGUGUGGUGGUCUGUCAACGGCCAUAACUAUCCGUCCCUCGCUCUUCUCGCACGGAAAUGGCUUGGGUGUGUUGCUACGUCGGUGCCAUCGGAACGAGCUUUCUCUACAGCGGGAAACGCGGUGACUGCAAAGCGAUGUCAGAUGGAUGUUAACCUUGUGCGAGAUCUAGUAUUCAUUGCCGAAAAUGCAGGUCUAAAGAAGGGUAAAUAG